AUGAAGCGUAAAAGCAAUGUUGUGCUCAGAGAUGAAAAUAACCACAAGAGACAAAAAUCAAUUUCGAAGGAAGGAACGCCAGUGAGAGAGGAAAACUUGACUUCAGACGGGAUGAUCAGCAAUCUUCACGAGAUAGUACACCAAGUUCUGGAGAAUGACGGACUUCCAGAAGCGGCGAUUAUCGAGUUGAAGGGAUUCGACGCGUCGGCGACAACGAUGGAAGAGUAUAUGCAGAAGCGGGAAGAGAUUCGCCGAAUGGUCGGCGAUUCCGAGUUUUUCGACAGAAAAACCGAGCUGAAUCUGGGAAUUGCCUCUCUCGCUGGAUGUCAAUUGGAAGUCGAUAAACGCGUCACGACGAGACGAAUGAGCAGAAAGUUGCAGGAUGAGUGUGGAAUCAAUGAGAAGGAUAUGUUGUAUAAGGGAUUGGACUAUCAUGGAACCGAGUCGCGUGUCAGCAAGGAGCUCAGAGAUUCCCGCCAAGCGUCCAUCAUCGAAUCGUGCGUCGACUUCCAGAAGCAGAUGCAAUGGAAAAUCGGAAUCAUGGAUCAGGUCGCAGCGAAGUCUCAAAAAACCACAUCACAACUCGGCAAGACGUAUCCAAUGUCCGAUGGACCGAGCGUACGUACACGUGGCGGACGGGAUAAACAGCGAGAGGAUAUGAAGAAGAAGCAGAAGGAAUUGGAGGCGAUGAGGAAGAAUAGGAAGAGAAACGAUCCGAAUGAUCCAUUCCAGACGCCACAGAAGAAGUUAGAGUUCAAUGCGUUGGAUGAGAGAAGAAUUAUCGAGAACUACCAGCUGGAAGUGGCUUCCGAAGUCCGCACUCACCGCCCAUUCGUCUCUCGCUCCAUUGCUCCGAUUCCCUACAACAUCAAUAUCCUUGACGACGAAUCGGAUUCAGAUGACGAAUAA